CCCGGGCAGCCUGAGCCGCGCGCCGCGUCGCUGUAAUCGGACACCCAGCGCUCGCCCCCGGCGCCCGGCCACUUGCCAUUCACUCCGAGGUGCGGAGUUGAGCGACGUGGAGGAAAAGGGCUCCGGGUGCCGCGGCUCUCCCGCCCGGGAUUCUUCUACAAAGAAACUCAGCAUCAGGCAGCAAGAAACCAGCCCUCGGGACUCUUAAGUCACUGAAGGUCUUCUGGCGGAAGGACCUGGGGGACUGGGACGCAGGCUGGAACAAGUGGCUGACUUCUCGUGGAUCUCUUCCCACCUCGGUAUUUUCCCUUGGACAUUCAUUUUCAAAUCAGAAGAAAUGGCAUUCCGGGCGAUUUGCAUGUUGGUUGGAGUAUUUAUUUGUUCUGCUUCUGUCAGAGGAUCUUCCCAGCCCCAAGCAAGAGUUUAUUUAACAUUUGAUGAGCUUCGAGAAACCAAGACCUCUGAAUAUUUCAGCCUGUCCCACCACCAGUUAGACUACAGGAUAUUACUGAUGGAUGAAGAUCAAGACCGGAUAUAUGUGGGGAGCAAAGACCACAUCCUGUCCUUGAAUAUCAACAAUAUCAGUCAAGAACCUUUGAGUGUUUUCUGGCCGGCAUCAACAAUCAAAGUUGAAGAAUGCAAAAUGGCUGGCAAAGAUCCUACACAUGGCUGUGGUAAUUUCGUCCGUGUUAUCCAGACAUUCAACCGAACUCACCUUUACGUCUGCGGGAGUGGCGCUUUCAGCCCGGUGUGCACUUACCUAAACAGGGGAAGGAGAUCCGAGGACCAAGUUUUCAUGAUUGACUCUAAGUGUGAAUCUGGAAAAGGACGAUGUUCCUUCAACCCCAAUGUGAACACUGUUUCUGUAAUGAUCAACGAGGAGCUGUUCUCGGGAAUGUACAUAGAUUUCAUGGGAACAGACGCUGCUAUUUUUCGAAGUUUAACCAAGAGGAAUGCAGUCCGAACGGAUCAGCACAAUUCAAAAUGGUUGAGUGAACCUAUGUUUGUGGAUGCACAUGUUAUCCCAGAUGGUACUGAUCCAAAUGAUGCUAAGGUGUAUUUCUUCUUCAAAGAAAAACUGACCGACAACAAUAGGAGCACCAAACAGAUUCAUUCCAUGAUUGCAAGAAUAUGUCCUAAUGACACUGGUGGACAGCGUAGCCUUGUCAACAAGUGGACCACAUUCUUAAAGGCAAGACUUGUGUGCUCCGUCACAGAUGAAGAUGGCCCCGAGACACAUUUUGAUGAAUUAGAGGAUGUGUUUCUGCUAGAAACUGACAAUCCGAGGACCACCCUUGUGUACGGCAUCUUCACCACGUCCAGCUCUGUUUUUAAAGGAUCUGCAGUGUGUGUGUACCAUUUAUCUGAUAUACAGACUGUAUUCAAUGGGCCUUUUGCUCACAAAGAAGGCCCCAAUCACCAGCUAAUAUCCUAUCAAGGCAGAAUUCCAUACCCUCGCCCUGGCACUUGCCCAGGCGGGGCAUUUACACCCAACAUGAGAACCACCAAGGACUUCCCAGAUGAUGUGGUCACCUUUAUUCGCAACCACCCUCUGAUGUACAAUUCCAUCUACCCCAUCCACAGACGGCCUCUGAUUGUCCGCACAGGCACUGAUUAUAAGUACACGAAGAUCGCCGUGGACCGCGUGAAUGCUGCUGACGGGCGGUACCACGUCCUCUUCCUGGGGACAGAUCGGGGCACCGUGCAGAAGGUGGUGGUCCUGCCAAGCAACAGCUCUGCCAGUGGGGAGCUCAUUCUGGAGGAGCUACAAGUCUUUAAGAACCAUGUUCCCAUAACAACAAUGAAAAUUUCAUCUAAGAAGCAACAGUUGUAUGUGAGCUCCAACGAGGGGGUUUCCCAGUUGUCCCUGCAUCGCUGCCACAUCUAUGGCACAGCCUGUGCCGACUGCUGCCUGGCUAGGGACCCCUACUGUGCCUGGGACGGCCACUCCUGCUCCAGAUUCUACCCCACGGGAAAGCGGAGGAGCCGAAGACAAGACGUGAGACACGGGAAUCCGCUGACGCAAUGCAGAGGGUUCAAUCUGAAAGCAUACAGAAACGCCGCCGAAAUCGUUCAGUACGGAGUCCGAAAUAACAGCACUUUCCUUGAGUGUGCCCCAAAGUCUCCGCAGGCAUCUGUCAAGUGGCUGCUGCAGAAAGAUAAAGACAGGAGGAAGGAGGUUAAACUCAAUGAGCGCAUUAUAGCCACUUCCCAAGGCCUGCUGAUUCGCUCUGUUCAGGAUUCAGACCAAGGGCUGUAUCACUGCAUCGCCACAGAGAACGGUUUCAAGCAGACCAUAGCCAAGAUUAACUUCAAAGUCUUAGAUUCGGAAAUGGUGGCCGUUGUGACAGACAAGUGGUCCCCAUGGACUUGGGCAGGCUCCGUGAGGGCUCUCCCCUUCCAUCCGAAGGACAUCCUGGGGGCAUUCAGCCACUCGGAAAUGCAGCUCAUCAACCAGUACUGCAAAGACACCCGGCAGCAACAUCAGCAGCUGGGAGAGGAACCGCAGAAGAUGAGGGGGGACUACGGCAAGCUGAAGGCGCUCAUCAACAGCAGGAAGAGCAGGAACAGAAGGAAUCAGCUUCCAGAGUCAUAGACAUUCAUCGGUGGAGCUGUGCUUUCCAUAACAAAUGCUCUGUCUUCGUUGGUCAACUACUGAGCAAAGUCUCGAGCUUUCCCCAUGAGAAAUUACCGACAAAAGCGGGAGACUCGCUCUCGAGUGCGUUCUCUGUGAACUUAAACGAGCAUGCAUCUUCUUGUAUGAUACAGACUAGCACUAGACAUGUCAUGGUCCUCAUGGUGCACAGAAAUAUUUAACUUAUCCCAGAUUUUAUUUAUAUCUUUAUGUGUCUUUUCUUCAACUUCAAUGCAGCAACAGAAGCAGAACUGUUACACCCUCGGUUAAGCGAGGGCCAUAAAUUACCCUGGGCUGUUACUUCCCCGCCCUAGGGGUUCGGCUUUGUUAGUUGUCGGUGGUUUUUAUACACAAAAGCGAAUUCCAGUUCACAAUUUUCACAUAGUAAAUGUCCUAUAAAUGCACGUGACAGAAUAAUCAUCCAAAAAAGUCAUGUAGGUUAGACAAAUGGCGGAGAAGAGAGCAUCCAGAUGUUAUUUAAAAACAAGAGUGACUCAUAAAAAGAACAUGAUGAGUUCAUAUGCUUCCAGUGGGUUCUGUUCUUGCUUGUCCCUUUGUUUAAGCUUGUAAUAUGUGCCAGCUGCUGAGAUCUUCCAUCAGUCUUUGUUCCCUUGGGUCAGGAAGAUAAAAUGAAUAACCUGUGCCAUCCAGGCCUUUGAUGGGAAACGUAUCAGUGAGGCAUCAGCAUUUCUACUGUUAUGUUACCAUCUUCCAAACAAAAGCACUUUGGGUUUUCUUUGGAAGUUAUUUAAGUUAUUAUAGACUUGUAUAUGCUCUUACGUUAUUUAACUGAUUUACUGCUUGAUUUUAAUUUCCUCGUCCACUUGGCAAAUUAAGCAAAACAAGGAGAAAACAUUGUGGAAACAUCCGACAUCUCCACGCAGAGUGAAGCUAUCAGAAUGCUUGGAUUGUUUUAUGAGAAAACGACACUAAAAAUAUUUUCUCCACUUUAAAAACGAAAUGGAUAAAUUAUGGGAAAUUUCCUCAUACUUCUUUUAAUGAUAGAACUUAUAUUUUUCAAAGAAAAAUCAAUUUUGAUACAGGUUUAAAUACAUGCUUAAAUUUCCAGAAAGAAAGAGAAAUGAUACCAAACACGAUUGAAACACACUUCUUAUAAACAGUUCAUAAAGAAGGUAAUAAAAGGGGAUCAGCUCUUUUUUGAGUAUUGUGAACAAAACAUGGGGAAGGAAAUCAUGUGUAGGGAGGGGUGUAAGUCGGUGGUAGGUUGUAGGUUACACGUUUAGCGUGCACAAGAACCAGGGUUCUAACACAAGGAAAUGAAGAAAGGUAGGGAAGAGGAAAAUCAGAGCGGUCAGAGGGAAAGACAGACACAAAAGAAGGAAGAUCAGAGGGGAAGAAAAAGGAAGGGAAAGAUGGAGGGAUUGCACUCAUUAUCAGAAGAUAAAGAUGCGUUUAGUUAAGAGAUGGUAAACUUUGGUGUUCUAAGAGGCACCUCAAUGGUGUGAAAAACAGCAGUUUAGAGAGCAUAAAUGUCAUCCAAUUCUGUUUUCAAACUGUUGUUCCAAAUGCAUACUGUGCUACAAUAAUCUAUGGUGUUCCCAUCCUUAAAUGGUUUGCGUGCCUAAAACGUUCACAUUUUAUUUUUUCUUAUACAUGCAAAAAUAGCGGUGUGUUUACAUGCAAUGCUAACACCGUCCUCUGUGUUUGCAAUUAAUCUAGUGUAUGAACAAAGUGAAAGAAAAUGACUUCCAAGGCACAGUGCCCUGGCGCUGUACAGCUUCACGUGGUUAGAUGGUGAUGUUUAAGUCUAUGCUUUUAUUUGUUCUAUUUAAUACCUCCUGUUUUUUUAAAACCAUAAUUACAUUUUAAAUACCCGUGUCUUUUCUUUUAAAGAUAUAGAAAUUACUAUUCAACCUAACCCUGCCAAAUGUAAAAUAAAUGUAUUUCUCAAAAACAUAAUUAAUACAAGUUGUAUAUGGGUGACUAGUAGGUUUUUUGUGUACUUGGGCAGUUUGUUGAUUUAGCAUGUUUUCCAUUUGUAUUGUAUAUAAAAUUACCUAGAAAUGCACUUUUCCCCCCAAAGUGUAGGCUUGUGAAUAGACUUAGCAUGAUGAAGCUGUCAUUCAGUGAAUGUUCACCAUGUGUAGAGAAAGCAAACUAGAUGUACUUACCACAUGAAAAUUGAAUUAGAUGUCGAAGAAAUCAUUUGUCUGGCAAAAUAAAACAUUGAAUUCCCUGGA